AAGUGAGUAGGGCGGCGGAGAAGAGGGCUCCAAUGGCGACCAGAAACGGCGGGGCGUUCGUGCUCGUUGCGCUGUGCGUGUCCGGGCUCGCGCUGCGAGUCGCAGGCGCCGGGGAGCCGCUCAUGCCGGCCAUGUACGUGCUCGGGGACUCCACGGUGGACGUCGGCAAUAACAACCUCCUGCCGGGCUGCUCGCCCGACUGCAGGGCUAACUACCAGCGCUACGGCGUCGACUUCCCCACCCACAAGCCCACCGGCCGUUUCAGCAACGGCUACAACCUUGCUGACCAGAUAGGUACGUGA